AUGGGCUGCUGUUUCUCUUCACAGACUAACGCCGUUGCUUCCUCCACAGCCAAAGUCAUCUCCGUUGACGGCACUCUCCAUGAAUACUCCGUCCCAGCAACGGUCGCUCACGUCCUCAAAAGCGAACGAGAAAGCGAUUCACUCUUCGUCUGCAAUUCCGACAAGCUGUAUUUCGAUCAGCGCAUCCCACCGUUGGAUCCAAGUGAAGAACUCCAGGUGGGCCAGAUCUAUUUCGUCCUUCCGAUCAGUAAGCUUCAUUACCCUCUAACAGCAUCCGACAUGGCCGCGAUGGCGGUGAAGGCGAGCGAAGCGCUCAACGAGGAGGAGCCGAAGGAGAGCAGUCGGCGACGGUGGCGACGAAGGAAGAAGAUCCAGAUAUCGCCUGUUUUGGAGGUGGACCAGGGUCUUGGAGAUGGGGAUUUUGAUGGGUUUAAGAUAUUUGAGAAGGAGUAUGGAGGGUUAGCGAGAUCUGGGUCGGUGAGGAAGAUGCAGAGGAAUGCUUCAAGACGGGCGAAGACGGCUUAUCGGUCUUUCAGAUCGAGGCUGACCACCAUCUAUGAAAUCUCUGUUUCUGAGUAA